AAAUUGAUGGAGAUGGAUUUGGAGAUUUCUGUAUAAUAAAAAUCAUCACAGGAGGACGACAAACGCACAGCAGAAACGUGAUUCAAGAGUUACAAGAUAGUUCAGCCCCCAAACCCCUGCUUCAUCGAUGCCUGCUCUUAUUUCAAACCGGAAGUUUAAGAAGUUUAGAACCAUCUUGUUUUGUGACGACACUUCCUGGUGUAACUCCCGAUUGUUUCCUGACUCAGCCUGACGUCCACCGUCGUUUAGGACCGUUAAGGGUUGGAGUCAUGUCGGCAGCUGUUCCGGGGACCAGCAAGGCGGCCCACGGUGAUGCGGGCUCGAAGAAGAAGAAGGGACCCAGUGCCCUGGCCACGGCCUACCUGGUUAUUUACAAUGUUGUGAUGACAGCUGGGUGGCUGGUUAUCGCUGUGGGUCUGGUCCGAGCUUACCUGGCCCGAGGAAGCUACCAUGGCCUGUAUUAUUCCAUCGAGAAACCUCUAAAGUUCUUUCAGACUGGAGCCAUUCUGGAGAUCUUUCACUGCGCUGUAGGAAUUGUACCAUCCUCCGUGGUCCUGACUGGGUUUCAGGUCAUGUCCCGGGUCUUCCUGACUUGGGCCGUCACCCACAGUGUCAGAGAGGUACAGAGUGAGGACAGUGUGCUGCUGUUUGUCACAGCCUGGACUGUCACCGAGAUCAUCCGCUACUCUUUUUACACCUUCAGCCUACUCAAUCACCUGCCAUACCUCAUCAAAUGGGCAAGGUACACCUUUUUCAUCGUGCUGUAUCCGAUGGGAGUGACCGGAGAACUGCUGACCAUCUAUGCAGCUCUGCCGUAUGUGCAGAAGACAGGCCUGUACUCUGUCACGCUCCCCAACAAGUACAAUUUCUCCUUCGACUACUAUACCUUCCUCAUCCUCGUCAUGGUCUCCUACAUUCCCCUGUUUCCCCAGCUUUACUUCCACAUGAUACGACAGAGGAAGAAGGUGCUGGGCCACACAGAGGACUACAGCAAAAUCGAGUGAGCUCAGCAGCGUUCGGAACAGUUCAAACCCAAGAAAAUAAACCAAAACAUCCCAAAAAUUAACGAACAAAUUGAUGUUUUCAAGCUGACCUGGCAGACGAUCUCGUUAUGAAGCUGCGUUGUUGUUUACAGCUGUUGCGUGAGUUGUAAAGAUGAGCUGGUGUCAUGUUUGUUUAUUUUCGUUUUUAUUUAUGAACAAUUUAUGAUUUCUUUAGUCGAGUCAGAGUUUUCUGUUCUAAAGGCACGUUUUAUUGACCCGGAUGUGGUUGAGCUGCUCUGAGUUUGGACCAUAGCUCCGUCACAGUCCAUCUGAACGGAUGCACUAAUAGAGCUCUUAUCACCACGGCACUACAGGGAGGAUUAGAAGGGUUCUCAUCCACCACCCCUUUGCAGGUUUUCUUUAGGCUACUGUAAUAUAGAAAGAUUUAUGUGCAGUCUAGCAGUGAAAGUAGUUGGUUUUUCGUCUACGUUGUGUUGGUACGAACAUGUCAUUUCUUUGGUUUGUGUGUUUUUAUUCAAACAUUUGACCACAUUCCUCAUUCAGCCCAAUAAACCUUUUCCAUUUCA